GCAUCCAGCUGUGCUACACUCCUCUCUCUCUCUCUCUUCAUCGUGGAGCUUGCAGCAGAUCUCUUUGUCUGCCGGUUUAGAGCAGGGUGUGAGGUGAAGAGCAGUCGGUUCAUAAUGGAUUAUUGAUUGGUCUGAGAAUACACUGGCUCUGCACUGUGUGUGUGCGUGUGUGUGUGUGUGUGUGUGUGUGUCUGUGUGUGUGUACGUUUAAGACUCCAUACCAUCCCUUCUGUCCCACUCUGUGCACUGAAUGUCUCCACUUUAUGAGCAACUGAACAGAGGAUAGCAAGGUUUUUUGUAAAGUGCUCUCUGUAUGUUAUGCUCCGUGAAGCAGUAUGUGUGUGUGUGUGUGUGUGUGUGUGUGUGUGAGCAGCUCUCUGUAUGGGCCGUUAACCUCUCAAUGCUGCCUGUAUGAAACAGUGUUAAAAGCCCACUGUGUGCACAUAUAGACUUUCAAAAGAUGUGUGUGGACAACAUUAAAAGCCCCCUCUGUUUUGCUUCUUGAUUCCUCAGUUCCCCCUGCAUGUAUGCGUUUGUGUGUGUGUGUGUUUGUGUGUGCGUGUGUGUGUGCGUGUGUAUUUAAACAAGAGGUCCACUCUUUAUUUUUUCCCCGCUGCUGCGUAUUUUUUUCUUAACCUCUAACGCUCGUCUCUGUGCCGCUGCGUGGGAGGGAAGCGGAGCCCAUCGCGGCUGAAGGAUGUCCCACACGAGAACGACCUACAGUCAUUAUCAGUGAUAAGGUGAAUGAUAUGCAGGCCAUGCUAUAGAGAGCUCACUCCUACAUGAACCUGGAAGCUGCUCAUGUGCUUAAAAACUGAAGAGAUUGAAGAGAAACCGAUAAGAUGGAGAACAGAAGCGCGGUGGAAUAGUUACCUUGAUGGAAAGACCCCUCAAAACUUCCAUCCACUGCUGACACAAUGAAGACCUGGAACUAAGUGAAAACCUUCCCUUUAUUCAGACAAAGAGAUUGCUAAAUCUCACUUAUGAUUUAUAUGCUGGGACUUAUUUAGAUUUUACAUUGUCUAAAUAAAUGACAAAGCUACAUAUGGUGCCAGUGGCACACAGAUAGUUUGAGCUGCUGAUUCAUUGACAGCGCCAGAUGAAGAUGGAUAGAUGGUGUUGCAUCCAGUAACCGGAGAGUGCUAAAUGAGCUGCUGUGUAAGCAGCUUGAUCUCUGGAUGAUUGAAGGCAGAUAGCAUUUUAACUGACCAACAAAGGCACAUUAGACAUCCCUAGAUGUGCAACUGCAGAUAGCAGUAGUUUGAGGUUUUAUUGAGCUUGUGAAAGGCCUUGUAGUUCAGUUCGUAUGAUGAAUCCCAGAGAAAGUGUGGAGAUGAUGGAGACCCGGGCGGGAGGGAAGGAGAAGCUGGUUGGAGACCAGGUCAACCCCGGAAACGAGGUUGACGGUGAGGAUGACAAAAUCCCCGGGGCUUACGACUGCAACAUCUGUGGACGCAGCUUCCCGUUCCUCAGCUCUCUGUCGCAGCAUAUGAGACGCCACACUGGUGCGCGCCCUUACAAAUGCCCAUACUGUGACCACAGGGCCUCUCAGAAGGGCAACCUAAAAGUUCACAUCCGCAGCCACAAACUGGGCACGCUCUCUAGCCACCACUCCAAUGAGGAUGAAGAGGGUGGGGCUGAGGAGGAAGAGAUGAGUGUUUCAGAGGGUCUCGACGGAGGUACGAGUCCAACUAAGAGCAGCUCGGCCUGUAACCGGAUGAUCAAUGGGGAUAGUGGUGAGGAGAGUCGGAGGAAAGUGCCUGGGAGGAGCCUGAAAAGAGAGAAGCCCGUCACCGACCAGAGGCCUUACUGUUGCCGUCUGUGUGGCUACGAGGCCAAUCGAGAAGACCAGCUCCUCAGCCACAUUGAAAAGGUCCACAUAACAGCAGACGCAGAGGAGGAGACCACUGUUAAGGAAGAGGCUAUUCCCGAACCUGAUGUCGUCCAACCCCAGAGUGAUGGGACCUUCCCCUGUGAGACCUGUGGCCAGGUCUUUAGCCAGGCCUGGUUCCUGAAGUCACACAUGAAGAAACACGCAGGAAUCCUGGACCACUGCUGUCGCAUUUGUGGACGUCGGUUCCGCGAAGCUUGGUUUCUCAAAUCGCACAUGAAAACACACAACACCAAAUCUAGGUCACGGUCAAAAGCAGAUUCCGCAGAGCAUCCGGCCACCAUCAACGACGUAGCCCAGGAUCCGGAAAGUGUCACUGGCUCUAUUACAUCCAUCUAUCAGAUGUGUUCUAAAUGUGGGAACCUGUUCCACAACAGAGAGAGCCUGAGGGCCCAUGAAAAAAUCCACAGUCUCGGCUAUGGCAGGAAAUCCGAGAGCCAAAGCAGACUGGGUGAUGAUGAGGACCCACCAGCUGCUAAGAGACGUUACCUUGACUUCUUGAACCUCCAGCCUGUUGAGGAAAAGACCCUGGAUGAAGAGGAGGAGAGUGAGAAGAAGAUGCUAGGUCAAAGAAUCCCAGAGCUAGAUCCAAUUUGCAGCUAUCAGGCCUGGCAAUUAGCUACUAAGGGAAGGGUUGUUGAGCCAGUGGAGCCAAGUUACAAGGCCUCCUAUGGGGGAGGAAGUAUGGGGGAGGAGGCACUCGCCGGAGCCGCUGUGGUUUUUGAGAAGGAGAGCAGCCGUUAUGUCCUGCAAGGUCAGGAGAAACGCAGCUCAGGGCGACGCAGCAGUUCCGGUUUGGGAAGCCAUGCUUCUUCAGGGGACCGGACACCAGAAAGCCUCAGCGACUCUGAGUACCGGCCUUCGUCUCGCCAGGACCGACGACGAUCAUCUUCCUCCAAGUCCACCGAGUGCUUUGAGUGCGGGAAGGUGUUUCGCAGUCGUCACCAGAUGGUCGUCCACCGGCGGGUACACAGGAAGGAUGGAGGUAGGGCAUCCGUGGGAGACAAGGAAAGAACUGCAAGAGACGACCGAUGGGGCUCCACCAGUGAUCCAGAGUCAGGCUCCCCUAGCCGGCCCAGCACCCCAGGGUAUGGAGACUCCCCACCGGAGUCCGCCAUUGGAGACCAGGCCUCAGAGAUCGGUACCGCGAACUCUGGAGAGAUUGCAGAUGAGAAGCCUUACAUCUGCAGCCUUUGUGACUUCGCCUCCACUGAGUUACAGGCCUAUUUGACUCAUGUUCGUGUCCAACACCCGGCUGCUCCCUCAGAGAGACCCAGCCCCGUUCCCAGCCCCAGCUCCAGCUCGGACAGAGGCACCCCAAGUGGUUAUCCCAAGCUGAAGAAAGCUCUUCUUCAGGGUUUGAACAACUCUGCGUCCCCUCAUGCAUACCUUUCAGCUCGAUCCUCCCCGCUCGAUCCCGGCGUGACCCCCAUGGAUCUAUGUAUGAGGGCUGAGGGCUGCAGGGGCACGACCUCCCUAUCCCAGGACAGGAAGAGCCUCCCGAGCCACAAGUGCUCCUUCUGCUCCCACUCCACCCGCUACCCCGAGGUGCUCUGGAUGCACCAGACUGUGGCUCACCGCAUCAACAGCAGUAGCUCCAAUCUCGCUCCUAAAUGGGCCCUGAAAAACAGCUCCAAGGGCUCCAGGGACAACUUAUUAUCCUCCAGGAGACGCACUGGUCCCCCGCCAGUCCUGGAGGGGAAGGAAUGCCCACCGCUACCUCCACUGAUGCGUGCCCAACGUACCCGGCCCCCAACCUACUCCAGCGAGGUUCUAAAGAAGAGCAGGCCAGCCAGUCAGGCAGCCAUGCCAUUAUCAUCAUCCUCCUCUACCCCCUCCUCCUCCUCGUUCUCCAGGGGCUCCUCGUCCACCUCAGGCACCCAAGCUGGGAGAGUCCCCAUCCGGCCAGGCAGCAGCAGCAGCAGCAGCAACAGCAGCAGCAGCAGCGUCAGACACAUGGAGGACCAGAGUCAUCAGCCUCGCUUCAGACCCAAAGUGGAUAUUUACCCUCGGGGAGGCUCGUCGUCUUCCUCCAGCUCCUUGGAGAAGAGCACUGGUUCCCUCUCACGUUCCUCAGCCCCAAGCUCCAGCUCUGCUACCGCAUCCCGGAUCGCUGACCGCUACUUGAUGCCUCAGGAGGGCCUCGGCUUCAUGCUGUCCAGCAAACACGGCCUAGCAGAGUACAGCCGAGCUCGGGGUUCCCCUCAUCAGCCGCUUCCCAACUCCCACGGCCAGAGCCGGGCUAACGCCACGAGGCCCAGCGCCAUUACCCACAGCUCCAUCACCCACAGCUCCAUCAGCCACACCUCCACAGCGGGACACAACUACGGAGCCUCCCAGGCACACGGGGGCACUCUGCUGAAUUCCUCCUCCUCCUCCUCUUCUUCUUUGCCUUCGGAGGCUCGUGGAGAUGUGAACCCGGAGCCAAUCGCAGAGACACCAGAGACGCCAGCUGACAUCCUCGGCUUCCUCAAAAACUACAACCCCCAUGAACUGGCUGCCCUCUACCACCGCUGGGGUGCAGCCAACGCACUGAUGGAUCCCACUGGGAUGCUGAGGUCUCUGAUGCGGCAGGGACAGUAUUUCUGCCACGAGUGCGGGAAGAGUUUCAGUCAGCCCAGCCACCUGCGUACUCAUAUGAGGUCCCACACAGGGGAGAGGCCAUUCUGCUGCCAGCUCUGCCCAUACCGAGCAUCUCAGAAAGGGAACCUAAAGACGCACGUCCAGAGUGUCCACCAUAUGCCUUUUGACAACAGCCAGUACCCAGACACAAGGAGCUUGUUGCUGAGCCAGGAGGAGCGAGGAGCGCUGGCUGCCAAACACACACCAACGCCACAACAACAACAACAACAACAACAACAACAACAACAGUAGAGACCAUCUGAUAAGACCAGGAUCCAGACUUGGGACCAGACUAGUCAGGGAAUCACACAACCCGAUAAACACCAUCUCCAUCACCAUUCCUAAGAAUGAGAGGACUGGAAGUAGGACCCAAGACUUUUUGAGCCUCUCCUCUCCACCUGUCAUCCUCUAAUGACUUUAGAAGAAUUUUCUACGAUGAAGGCUCUUGUAGUUUUGGGAAAUUUGAAAUAAGAAGCUAGUUAAAGCUGUGCUAGGCAAUUUUUAAAAUCACAACGUGGGGCUGCAGCAGAGAAAGAGUGUCUUAUCUACUAACAGGAAGGAUUUGUUAGAAAUUCAGGUGUCAGGUGUGCACACAGGUGAAGGUGAAGAGUGAAAUAUAAAGUGUCUCCUCAGCAGGAAAAGCUGGACUCACCGAUGAUCGAUCUUUUUGCUUGAAGGUUGGCAAAAUUGAGCAGAUUGUGUGUAGUUUACAUCACCUUAAAGGAUUUCUGAAUAUAGAAAGCCCCCUUAAAAUUCAAAGAGUUACCUCUUGCUGCCAUUUCGGAGGUAGCGACGAGUGAAGUUGCCUAGUGCAGCUUUACGAGGAAAAGUAAAGUUUUUGUGAAAAGAAGCGGAACUUGAAUGCAACUGCUUUUAAUCAAGGACUGUGGCAUUGCAUGGCUGCUAUAGUUGCCCCCCCCCAGUCCCCACACACCCUCUCUCCCUUUCUUUUUCUUUUUUGCUUUAUUGUAUAAGAGUUUGUGCAUUCCUCAGGACACCAAUCAUCAGAGAUGAGAUGAGAGAGAAGAUGCUCUGCGAUUCAUCAACAGUCAAUUGACGCAUUGCAAGUUCGUUUUCCCCUCUGGGUUCAUGAAAAUGAAGUCUGUGUGUGUGUGUCUGCGUGUGUUAAACUCACUUCCCUCCACUCCAGAGUGUAAUGUUAGGAGUGCAGUGACCACUCUGAGGCCGUGUAGCUGAUGAUUAGAAGGAGAGAGAGUUGGAGAGAGGUAGGAUUAAAGAGACAGACAGAGAGAGAGAGAGAGAGAGAGAGAGAGAGAGAGAGAGCGCUAAUGGGGGUGUCUGCUUUAGUGCUCAUUAAAAAGAGUGUGCGUUUUUAAUAGCCAAUAUAAAUGAGCGUACCAUUUUUAUGGCCAUUCAAUUAUUGUCCAUUUAAGAGGAAGGGACUGAGUGGAGGCAGUUUUCCUCCAUAACUCCAUCACAUUAAGGAGUGUUUCCGACACUUCUGACUUUGAGUUAGACUGACUUCAAAAACAGCGGGGAUGACGGGGAGACGCUGGCUCAGCUGUGGAUGGCACAGAUUAAAUUUAGAGAAUAUGGUACUGUACGUGUUAGCCAGCAAAGAUGCAUCUUAAUUUCAUAUUGCUGAAGGGCAACACUGACUUUUUAGGCCUGUUGGUUUUUUAUGUGAUGAAUGUUUUGGUACCAAAACCAACUCGGUCUCUCUGGUAGAAUGCCUUUCCGCAGCACAGAAUACCUUAACACCAACGUUACCUUAGGGGCAUAAAACAUACUUCUUCUACACAAAGUUAAGUUUAUGUUUUGUGACUUUUCUAAUCUUGUGAAAAAUAUAUUUACCAGUUCAGGCCUUUAAAAUUACUAAAUUAAACAAUUUGAGAAGGAAAAUUCAAAACCCAGUUUCCAGUCUUUGUGCUAAGCUAAGCUAAGCUAAGCGGCUACUUGCUGUAUAUUUAAUGGACAGACAUGAGAGCAGUAUCAAUCUACAUAUGGAGCUUUUGUCCUAUCUUUAUUCAAAAGCACGGUCUUUCAAUUUGAGAGCAUGACUCGUUGAUUUCACGUUCAGAUUCAAAUAGCUCCUGCUUGCACUUGGAUUUGCUCUGCUUCUGCUCAAACUGUAUGCUUGCACGUUUAGUGUUGACCAAUGAAAUGAUCCCUGCCUCAUUGCCUUGGAAGUGAAUGAACCCGGUUAAAGAGUAACCGCCCGUCAGGGAUGCUCUAGUAAAGCGAAGGAACGCACCCGCAACAACGCAGGGAUCCUUUCAUUGGUCAACACUACACCUGGCAUUCUAUUGGUUUGGGAAUUUUGGGAAAAUAAUCAGAGCGCAGAGGAGAAAUCUGAGAGCAGAUGUUUUACAAGCACACAGAAGCAGCCUGAGUGUGAGGAGAAUAAGGCUGAAUCUGAGUGCAGGAAAUCUGCGCAAGCAACAAUAUAUCUGAGUGCAAGCAUACAGUUUGAGCAGAAGCAGAGCAAAUCCAAGCCCAAGAAGGCGCUAUUUGAGUUUGAGAACAGGGUUUUGAGGGAAAGCAUUACACAAUCUGAAUGUAAAAUCAAUAAGCUCUUAAAAUGAAAGACCACGCUCUUGAAUAAAGAUAGGGAAAAAGCCCCAUAUCUUCUUAACUGAAUCUCGGCAAGAAAGUGAAUAAGCGUACUUUCCAAACUGUCCCAAACUAUUCCUUUAAAAGUGGCAGGUUCAUUAAACACAUAAAAGGGACAUAUAAUUCAACAUGUCGGCUGUAACAUAACAAGCUCAUCUGACAGAGCAAACAACCAGAGAUGCAGAGAUUUUGUUACCAAAGCAUUUAAGCAAACUAAUGAACCAAACUCCCAUACCGUCGGUCUAAUAUCUUGAAUGGUGAUGUGAAGAUUUGCAUUCUGGGAGGAAGGAGUGAGUAGGUCAGAAAGAGAGAGCAGCCAGAGGUCAGGAGGUCAGGCUUCCAGAGAGUUCAGGUAUGAUAAUAGGAGAUGGAGACUUUUUGAAGCCUACUGAAUUGUAGAGCCGUGACAGCCUUAACACAGGUGUCUGUGUGUGUUUGUGUGUGCAAGUGUGCAUUUAUGCGGGUGUAUGUGCAUUCCUUUCAAUCCUCUCCAUACUGAAGAAGAGGUUGACUAACUCCUGUGUACCCCAUCAGCCUCCCUCUAGAUGCCUACCUCCUUUGCAAUGAAAGCCUGUUUUAAGUUCAUCGGCUGCUGCUAUGAAGCCGGGACUGUUCUUAGCUCGGAGGAGACGCUCUCUCCGUGUCCUGGGCUCGCUUUUCUCUCCUCCAUUGAAAAAAGCCAUGCCUCGACACGUUGGGGGGGGUGGGGGGGAAGAGGAAGAAAAAACAAAGCAGUUGAAAGCAGACUGACAGAGCAAGAGUGGAGACAUUUUUUUUUGUUGUAGGCAUAAAAUCAAAUUCAGUGAAAGAUUACGGAGCAUACAAAGUACUGUUACUUCCCAUCUAUUUUGAGACCUCAGCAGUUUUUUCCAUGAUGAUGAAAUGGUUGCGAUACCAGUGGGUUGUCGAGUUAUGCAUACAACGUUGUGUGCUUGCCUAAUAAUAAUACACAGGAGUGUAUAUUGAAGGUGUGGGUAGUGAAAAUACUUGAAACGGAUACUCUAGCCUUCGAGGUAGUGUAGUACUAAUACCAAUGUUGUACAGAAUUCCCUUUAAGAUUAACUCCUCAGUUAUGAAUUUGUACUCCGAAGUGUGACUUAGAAAAAAAACUAUGAAGCAGGAGUGAGUGUAUGUAAUAUAAACUGUAUAUCUGUAAUCCACUCUUACCAAACCCCUUAUAUACAGCGGUAGAAACCAAAUGGCAUUACUAGUGCACUUAGACUAGGUUACUGCUUUAACCGUUCUCAUCUUGUCUAGCUAAGGUUUCUUUGAGAAUGUCUUUUUAAUGGUGCCAGCUAACACACUUCAAUGUCAUUUCUGGUUUAGAGGCUUUUUUUUUGUUUUAGGAUGAUUCCAUAGAUUUUAAAAUGACAAAUGAUUUGUUCUGUGAUGGCUUUUUAGCUUCGUUUCCUCAUUGGAAGUUUGAUAAUGCUAGGUGCAGCAGUGCUUAAUUUUUCAUAAAGAUGUAAGAGUGUGUUUUUAGUCUUUUCUCUUUGCUAAACUGUAGGAUUUGUUCAGUAGCUAGUCAUGGCUGCCCUCCCAGAGGGGCUGGCAGGUGUUGUUCUUUUCUCUUCGGUUGGGUUUUUAUCAUGCCUCUUAAGUUGUAUUAUUUGUGUCCGUAUUGCUUUUUUUUUAUUAUUUGUUAUGAACUUCAUGAUUAAUUUACCUUAGAAGACAUUAUUAUUCCAAAUGUAUUUGGUUGAUAUCUGUAUUUAUUAUCACUUCAAAAAGGAUUAGAGGACCGAGGCAGACAGGAGCGUUUGUUUAAUUUUUCUGGGUUGUUUUUGUUUUUAUACUGUGUAGUUUUCAUGCCAGCAAGCCGAUGUGAAAGCUCUACCUCGUCUGAGCCAUUCUCAGUUCUGUUACACUUUUGUACAUCAUUUCAAAAAGAUGUAAUGUCAUGUCCACAAUAAAAGACACACAAAAUGGCACCUGUUGGCGCUGUUUCAUCUGG